GAAUUGAGCGCUGAGCAUGUUUCUAUUCUUUCUUCAGCAUGAAGGGGCUGCUGUUGCUCGCUGCUCUUUUUGUGGCUGUUUUCAGCCAGAAGCUGUUUGUGGGAGAUCAGGUGCUGCGGGUAACAGCCAAAGAUGAAGAUCAGAUCACCCUGUUACAGGAACUCUCGGACCUUGAAGACUUGCAGUUGGAAUUCUGGAAGGAGCCAAGACAUCCCGAUCUCCCUAUUGAUGUUCAUGUUCCAUUUGCCAGCCUCCAAGCCGUCAAAGUGUUCUUAGAGUCCAACAGCAUCUCCUACACUGUCAUGGUUAAAGACCUGCAGGCACUGCUGGAUGAAGAGCAACAUCAGAUGAAGAGAUUUCGUUCAAUGCCGCAAGACCACAACACUGACAGCUUUGUCUAUUCCACCUACCACACUCUGGAUGAGAUUUAUGGAUGGAUGGAUACACUGGUUUCUGAGCACCCCAACCUGGUCAGCAAGAUCCAAAUUGGACAAAGUUUUGAGGGUCGUCCUUUAUAUGUGCUUCAGUUCAGCACUGGUGGAGCUGAUCGUCCUUCAAUUUGGAUUGACACAGGCAUCCACUCCAGAGAAUGGGUCACCCAGGCCAGUGGAGUGUGGUUUGCAAAGAAGAUCGCAACAGACUACGGACGUGAUGCUUCCCUUACCUCAAUCCUCAACAAAAUGGACAUCUUCCUUGAGAUUGUCACUAACCCAGAUGGCUAUUAUUUUACACACACAUCCAACCGUAUGUGGCGUAAAACUCGAUCUACAAACCCAGGAUCAUCCUGUAGGGGAGUAGACCCAAACAGAAACUGGGAUGCUGGCUUUGGAGGGGCUGGUGCCAGCAGUAACCCUUGCUCCGAGACCUACCGUGGGCCGUAUGCUCAUUCCGAGUCGGAAGUGAAAUCCAUCGUGGACUUUGUGCAGAGUCACGGCAACUUCAAGGCCUUCGUCUCCAUUCACAGUUACUCCCAGAUGCUUCUUUAUCCUUAUGGAUACACUAGAACUCCUGCCCGAGAUCAAGAGGAACUGCAUAACGUUGCAACAAAAGCUGUUACUGCUUUGUCCUCACUGUAUCAAACCAACUACAGAUAUGGAAGUAUUAUCACUACCAUCUACCAGGCCAGUGGUGGCACUAUUGACUGGACCUACAACCAAGGCAUCAAAUAUUCCUUCACCUUUGAACUGAGGGACAGUGGUCGUUAUGGCUUCCUGCUGCCAGCCAACCAAAUCAUUCCAACUGCACAGGAGACCUGGCUGGCUCUCAUGGCCAUCAUGGAGCAUGCCCGAGAUAACCCUUACUAACUCCUACGUUUGUGCUGGUGUAAAUGUUCAUCUGUGUAUUACAGCAACUGUGACCCCUCUCCAACUAUGUAUAUCAACCAAUUAACUUGGCAGAACAGGACUUUUUUGCUUACAAAAAUACAAAUAAAAUUCCUUCUAGCAGAAA